AUGGAGUCACCACCUCAGGUCAAAAAAGAAACCCAUGCCGUCAUUGUACAACCAAGGGAAACUGUAUUGACUGGAUUUCCUUACAAACCUCAUAGCUCUCUGCUAGAUUUCCUGAAGGGAGAGCCACAAGUCUUGGGGGCUGUCCAGAUCCUGCUCGCUCUGAUCAUUGCAGGCCUCGGAGUUAUAAUUGCAUUUAAUUUUGUCAAAUUCUCUCAAAGAUUUCCCCUCGUUUUCCUCACAGGAUAUCCAUUCUGGGGAGCACUCAUUUUUAUUCUGGCAGGAUACCUUACAGGAAUCAAGAAGACAGAAAAAUGGCUGGGGCAAAGUGCCAUUGUCAUGAAUGUUAUCAGUUCCUUCAUCGCGAUAGCUGGGAUUAUUCUCACAAUUAUCAGCUAUAAAGAUCAACACGAGUUCUGCCAGACGCCUUCCCUUGAAGGAAUAUGUGUUAUAGGUAGAACACUCUUGAUUGGAAUUUUGUCAGUCUUACUGAUCACCAGCAUAGUAGAAUUCAGCAUCUCUGUGACCAUCGCAACCUUUAGAUACAAGUCUUGGACAAAGUCAAAUGAGACUGUGUUUUUCUUGCCUUCGGAUGUUGCUCAAAAUAAUGAACUGCCUGCCCCAGAAGCAAAUACCCAAUUACAAUUUGAGCUUCAAGAAGAGUCUUCCAGUGAUGAUGUAACAAACACACACGCUUUUUUCUUUGGAGGCUAUGCUUUCUUCAAGUUAAGAGUCUCGGGAAGCCCUUUAGCUUCCCAACCCAGGCCACAGCCAGAGACCAGAAACGGGGAAACUGACUACACACCUACACCUAUACCAGAUGAACACCAGGAAAAUACAUCACCACCUUCUGGACUUUUAGAGGAAGAUACUGAGCUGAGAUCUCUGCCUCCCACAUUAGAGAAAAAGCCCUCAGAAAAUAUUAUGUACAUUCAACCAGGCUAUUCAGUUGAAAAUCCGGAAAGUAAAGACCUACAACCUGCUGUGGUACAACCUCUAAAAAUGCAAAUCCGAUUGCUCCAGGCCCAACCUUUGCCACUCCAAGUUUUUCUAUCCCAGUCUUUACAGUCCUAUUUCCAAAAAAUCCGAUUCCUAGAAUCCCAAGUCCUGAAAAUUAAAGCACCCCUUGUCCCUACAACGCAAGUUUUGUUUAUUCAGCAUAUGCCAUCCCAUUCCCUGCCAACUCAAGUCCAAGAAUCCCAGGCCGAGGUAAUUGAAGGGCCGCUUAUUCCCACAACACAAGUUUUGCUUUUCCAAGACUUACCAUCCCAUGCCCGGCCAUAUCGAGUCCCAGAACCCCAAGCCCAGAUAAUGAAAGGGCCCCUUGUUCCCACAACCCAAGUUUUGUUUUUCCAAGACUUGCCAUCGUAUACCCUGCAUUAUCGAGUCCCAGAAUCCCAAAUGCUAAAAACUGAAGAGCCCCUUGUCCCUACAAUGCAAGUUUUGCUUUUCCAAGACUGGUCGUCCCAUUCUUUGCCAACUCGAAUUCAAGAAUCCCAAGCCCAGGUAACUGAAGCACCCCUUGUUCCCACAACACAAGUUUUGCUUUUCCAAGAUUUGCCAUCCCAUGCCCUGCCAUAUCAAGUACCAAAAUCCCAAGCUCUAAAAAUUGAAGGACCCCUUGUUCCUACAAUGCAAGGUUUGUUUUUCCAAGACACGCUAUCCCAAACUCUGCCAGUCCAAGCCUUGCUAUAUGAAGGCCCAACACUUCAUGUCAUAGAGUCCCAUAUUCUGGCAUCCCAAUACAUGCCAAUCCAAGACACACUAUCUGAAGACUCCACAUCCCAACACAUGCCAUCCCAAGACACAACAUCCCAAAACAUGCCAUCCCAAGACACUCUAUCUCAAGAUACAUCAUCUAAAGACACACCAUCCCAAGAGCUUUCAGUACAAGCCCCAACAUCUCAUGUUGUACAGUCCUCAGAUCAGCAAUUUAAAGAUGUAUUAUAUCAAGACAUUAGAUCAGAAGUCAUGUUACUGACCCAAGAAUGGAAUGAAGAGGGAUUCCCUGUCAGGAAAUCCUCAAAGUGGCAUUCCCUGGAAAGACGAAACAAAGGCUUGGAAUCCCCAAAGAGGAGAUCACUAGACCUGCAACGCCAACACCAGAAAUCCCCAAAGCGUAAAUCCCUAGACCAGGAAAGCCAAGGCCAGAAAUCCCCAAGGAGGAAAUCCAUAGACCAGCAAAUCAAAAAAUGGCUAUUCCCAAAGCGGAAAUCCCUAGACCCACAAAGCAAAGGCUGGCAAUCCCCAACAAAACAGUCUUCAAAUGGGCAAGCCAUAGAUAAGCAAAUGACAAUGCAGCAACCUCCAGAUCAGCAAGCUGAAGACCAGCAGGCCCAAGAGGAGCAAUCCCCAAAGCAACAAUCCCAACAUGGGCAAGGUGAAGCUCAGCAAUCCCCAAAGGGACAAGAUAAAUGUCAGCAGGAUGAUGGGGAACAAUCCCCAAAGGAAAAACUCAAAGAUUCGCAAGCCAAGGGACAAAAAGCUCAACAGAAGAAAGCUCCAAAAAAUCUAUGUGAAGAUUGGAAAUCACAAAGCCAUGAAUCUCAAGACUGGCAACCCCCAAAAAUGCAAUCUCCACACUGGAAAACCCAAGGCUGGCAAUCUUUCUGCCAGCAAUCCCAAGACUGGAUAACUCAAGGCUGGAGGAACAAAGACUGGAAAGCACAAGAAUGGCAAUCUGAAAUGCAGAAUUCCUUAAAUUGGCAAUCUCAGGAUCUACUAGAGAAAGAAGCCCUAAGGCAGAGAGCUUUAUACCAAAAAACCCAAACCCAGCACACCCUAGCCCGACAUAACCUAGAUCAGCAAUUACAAGAAGGUCUAAUUCAAGACAGUCAAUGUCAAGAUAAGCUCCAACAAGACCUUCAAUCCAGAGUUACACGAAAAGAAGAUAUGCAAGUAGACAGUAUGCAAACAAGAGACAUCAAACCAGGGUACAUAGAAUCUAGAGGCCAAAAACCAAGGGACUUGCAAUCAGAAAACAUGAGGUCAAAUUUUCCUUCUUCCUCCUGCCAAAACGCAGAACGAGACACAUAUUUUGCCUAUUUAGCCAAUUUAAGUUCAGAACAAGAUGUGCAACAAAACACUUCAGUAUGUUCAACUUUAUACAAAGAAGAUCUGGGUUUAACUUCUACGUCAUAUUGCCUAAAAGAUCAGCAAUCAGAAGAUUCUGACUAA